UUUGAGGCGGGGACUGCGCUCGCAGCCUCACUUCGCUGACUUCCCCGGCCCUACACGGCACCCGCCGCCGGCUUCCCUCGCACCCGCGCCCGCCCCGCGCCCACCCCGCGCGCCGGGCAUGUGAGCGCGGGCGGACGCCGCCACCAUGGCCUCGCCGCGCGCCUCGCGGUGGCUGCCUCCGCUCCCGCUGCUGCUGCUGCCGCCGCUGCUGCUGCUGCUGCCGCCGGCCGCCCCCGGGACGCGGGGCCAACCGCCCUCCCCGGCCCGCGGCGCGCCCAGUGGGGCGCCUCUCGCAGGCGCGGGGCUGGCGCGGUCGUCCCAGCCCGGCCCCGAGCACGAGCUGCAGUCGCCGCCACCCACACCGCCCCGGGAGCGCCGCGGGCCCGCGCCCCCCGGCUCCAGCCAGACGGCCCAAGCGCCGGACGCCGCUACACGGCCGGGACCCUGGGGCCGGGUCCGCCGAGGCGCGAGCGCGGCUACUGUAAGGAACCACUGGCCAGAAAGCAACACUGAGCCCCAGGCGGAAGACAUCACCUUUGAUCAGAAUCAAACAGACUUCUCUUCCGCAGUGGCCUCCAAAGGCCACGGGACGGUUCAGGCCCCCGGCAGGAGCCACGCUCCUUUAGAUGCUCCUGAAAACUUUACUUCACAAACUGCAACAGCAGGUGCUGGAGCAAGAAACAACUCCUUGAGAACAAAUGUCACAACUUUCCCCAUUGGGCCUGAGAGAGCAACAGCUGUGACUUCCCAGAGCCGCACCUUAGCCUUGGGAAGGCCUGCCCUGCCAUCCAGCAGUACAGGGUUGGAGGGAAGAAGUGCCCCUUCUCACACAGACAGCAGGACAUCCUGGCGUUCCCUGGCCAGAGGAAAGGGGUUCCCCGAAGAAGUGAUGAUGCACGUCCAGGUGGCCACUUCGGUUUUGAGCCAGUCCCCUCUCCCUGAUUUGGAGAUGGGAGAAGAGACCACACUCUCCAGGAAGAGAAAUUCCUCCGAACCAGAGCUCUCCGGGCUGCAUUUCUCCGGUACAUCGGCUUACUCACCUCCCUCAGAUCAUUCUGCUACAUCUGAAAUUUUGGAGGAGCUAAGCAACUCCACUGCUCUCCAAAGCCCCUUCAUCAGCAGGACGAAGAGUAUGCAUGUUGCCACCACAGUCCCCAGUGGUGACCCUCGGGUAAUCCAGUCUUCACCGGUCAGUCUGGGGCUGCUAAAUGAAACAGAGAGUUUCCCUGAGGACACUGAAAUUACCACAACUUUAGCAUCAGUCUAUUCUUCACCGUCUGAUGCAGAAUUGAGAAGAAACACUGGGCUGAUCAGGAAUCCAGGGCACGGGGAAUUCACCGAGUCAUCCACAGAAAAUGGAUUUGGCCUUUCAUCUUCCGAGGGCUCGGUGGGAUUUUGGCAAAAUGAUUCCCCAAUCUCGGCCAGCAGCCCUGAUACAGAAAAUGGAAGCCCCAUGCCUCAGACUGAGACUGUGCCUGGGUCAGUCCCACUGGGCAGAGCUGGAGGGACCACUGCACUCUGGGCCUUGACCAAUAGCAAGACGUCCGUAGACAGGACAGGAAGCUCUACUUCCUAUCCUGAAGUUGUGAACACUUCGGUUUUGACCCAGUCCUCAGCCUCCGCUCCACAGUCUAGAGGAAGUGACACAGCGCUGGAUGAGAAGAGUUACUCUGAGCCAGACACUGAGGCUUUGUCCUCUUCCUCCUCAGAAAGCCUGGAGUCCUCAGCACCACGUGGGGAACGCUCGACCACUGAAGAUAGCCCUGAGCUGGGAGUCAGCGCUGACCUGGAGGCGCAGGGAGGGCCUGACGGGACCUCAAGGGCCCAAGCCCGCAGCCCGCACACUUCAGCUACGUUCACUGGAAGCGGAGAGCGCACGCUGCGAUCUCUCACCAACACAAGCGUGACCUCCGGGGAGGCGGUGCCCAGAGAAACAGACAGCGCUCCUCUGCACAGGAACGGGACCGUUGCUGGUGCCACUCCCAGAGGCGGCUCUGGAAUUACCUAUGAUCAAGUGAGUGGCACCAGUACUGAACAGAGGACUUCCAGUGACCACACAGACCACACCUAUGUCUCAUCUACUUUUACCAAAGGAGAACGAGCAUUGCUGUCCAUCACAGAUGGCAGUUCCUCCUUGGACAUAAGGGAGAGCUCGACCUCUUCUAUUAAGAUCUCAGACUCCUCACAUUCAGACUAUCCUUCCUCUUCUCAGGCUCAGACUGAAAGAAGUAAUGUCUCGUCCUAUGGAGGGGAAUAUGCUCAGCCUUCCACUGAGUCACUGGGUCUGCGUACAGCCAACCUUCCAUCCUACACAUCCACCAUUAAUAUGCCAAAAACCUUGGUGCUUCUGGACAUGCAUACUGGAUCAGUUGGGGACCCAUCUUCGUCAGGCUCCCCUUUGCCGCCACCCUCAGUGUCACAGUCCCACCAGUCGUCCCCCUCAACCUUAUCAUCCACCAGGGCCUCUGCUCGUCCACUGGAGUCCACCUCCGAUGCGCCCACACCUUUGUCUUCCUCACCACCACCUUUGCCAAUAUCCCUGACAGUCUCCACCCCUGCCUCACUGCCCGUGCCCCAGACAACCCAACCACCGUCAUCUCCUACGCUGGCCCUGCCCAGGGCAAGGACCACGCCUGUGGCUGCGAUUCAGACGUCAGCAACGGCAUCAUCUGUGGCGAUGCCCUCCAGUAGUCAACCAGCAGAUCCUAAGAACCAGAGCAGGCCACACCAUGAGAGAAUGUUUACAGAAUCGGAGCCACCGAGCCUGCAGCCUGUGCACACGGAGGCUGCUGAAGCUGAGACCGUGAGCUCUGCUUCAGGGAUUCCUUUGCCCCCGACCUUAGCAGGGUCCUCCCCUGAGCAGAUCCUUCCAGCCACAAGCACCAGCUUAGCCCAAAGGCUUCCAGCUUUGACAGCCACCACUCUCAAGAUCUCUCAUCCCCCCGUGCCCACUCCCAGCCCCUCGUCAAGCACAGCAACUCCGAUGGCUGGCCCCCCAGCAGUACAGACUGUGGCCGGAAGAGAGUUCUUGCCAACCAGUCCUGAAAUUCUAGCACCGCAAAUCUCUACAGGAGUUGCUGUUACCACAAAAAGGAAUGAAAUGCGUAUAGAUGAUACUACCCAGUUGAGCCUCCUGACCAGUGUAUCCACAUCAGCAAAAGAACUGACAACAGGGCUUGGCAUUUCAGAGGAGUAUAGCCGAGCUUCACAUUUCCUCAGAACACCUCCUUCUCCCCAAAGCACAGGUGUUUCUCCAGCAGAAGUGUUGCCUCCCAGAUCUACCACCUUCCAUGCUGAGAGCAGCACGCAGUCCCCAACAUCCUCAGCGAACAGCUGUGACCCUGAUCCUUGUCUUCACGACGGGAAAUGCUUUGUGGACGCCACCAGCCGUGGGUAUCGGUGCGCGUGCUCCCCUUCCUGGCAAGGGGAUGACUGCAGUGCGGAUGUGAAUGAGUGCCUCUCGAACCCCUGCCCACCCCUGGCCAUGUGCAACAAUACUCAGGGAUCCUUCACCUGCAGAUGCCCAGUUGGGUACCAGUUGGAAAAAGGAAUAUGCAAUUUGGUUAGAACCUUCGUAACAGAUUUUAAAUUAAAGAAACUCUUUCUUAACACCACUGUGGAAAAACAUUCAGACCUACGUGAAGUUGAAAAUGAGAUCACCAAAACAUUACAUACGUGUUUUUCCACAUUACCUGGUUAUACCCGAUCCACAGCUCAUGCUUCCAGAGAGUCCAGCGCUGUGGUCAUGUCGCUGCAAACAACCUUUUCCCUGGCCUCCAAUGUGACGCUGUUUGAUCUGGCUGACGGGAUGCAGAAAUGCGUCAACUCCUGCAGGUCCUCUGCUGAGGUCUGCCAGCUCUUGGGGUCUCAGAGGCGGAUCUUUAGAGCGGGCAGCUUGUGUAAGCGGAAGACUCCAGAAUGUGACAAAGAGACCUCCAUCUGCACUGACCUGGAUGGUGUCGCACUGUGUCAGUGCAAGUCGGGCUACUUUCAGUUCAACAAGAUGGACCACUCCUGCCGAGCAUGUGAAGAUGGAUACAGGCUUGAAAAUGAAACCUGUAUGAGUUGCCCAUUUGGCCUUGGAGGUCUCAACUGUGGAAACCCCUAUCAGCUUAUCACCGUAGUGAUUGCAGCAGCAGGAGGUGGGCUUCUGCUCAUUCUAGGCAUCGCACUGAUUGUCACCUGUUGCCGAAAGAAUAAAAAUGACAUAAGCAAACUCAUCUUCAAAAGUGGAGAUUUCCAAAUGUCCCCAUAUGCUGAGUACCCCAAGAACCCUCGCUCACAAGAAUGGGGCAGAGAAGCUAUUGAAAUGCAUGAGAAUGGAAGUACCAAAAACCUCCUCCAGAUGACGGAUGUGUAUUACUCGCCCACAAGUGUAAGGAAUCCUGAACUUGAACGAAAUGGACUCUACCCGGCCUACACUGGGUUGCCGGGAUCACGGCACUCUUGCAUUUUCCCGGGACAGUAUAACCCGUCUUUCAUCAGUGAUGAGAGCAGGAGAAGAGACUACUUUUAAGUGAGAAGAGAGAGGAGCCCGUUGCCCUGAGCGAGUGGCUCGAGACCGCUUUUGCUCUGAGGACUGCCCCAGGGGGCGCCCCGCCUGCCGGCUGCUCCCCGCUCCCAGACUUGUGCAGCCACACGGGAGUGGCAGGCAGAGAUUGGGACCGGUGUGGGGGCCUGGCCACAGCAGAAGGGGACAGACAGAACCUGUGGACAUGACACUGUAGGCCGCCCAUUUGUUGUUACUGUGAAUGUGAACAUGGGCCAGUACCAGGAGCGCCUCUCUCAGUGACUGCAGCUUGGCCACUGGCUCCAGGGACGAUGUCAGCUCGAACAGACCAUUAGGCACCACUGUAAGGACCCAGUUUUUCCUUAGUUUGCACUUUAGUAAGUUGGGUAGGGAGGUCUCCUUUUGGAGUUUUUUCAAGACUGUUCCAGAAAGAAGGCCUCUUUUCCCCAGACACUUCCAUAGGCCUCAAUUUGGUGAUUAAUUUACAGCACAAUACCAGCUCUUUAGUUGUUUUUCUGCCCAUUAUCUAUGUGCUAAACAACAGACGAUGGUGAUGAACGUACCACUAAGGUUUGGUGAUGCUGUAGGUUAUCGUACAAUAGUUUAACAUGUUGCUAGGUUUUUUUGUUCUACAGUUUCCAAGCCAGCCCCUAAAAUGAGAAAUCAAAACUUGUGAGGCACAGUGCACAACUCCAGUUUGUUUGUUUUUUUUCAGUCAAGGUGACACACAGAUUUAAGAUUACUUUUUCCCUUUGCAGUUAAAUCUCACUUCUCAAGUAAGUCCAGAUCAGGGUAAAAUAGCUUGCAUUUGGUUUUAGUUAGAGGCAUCCAGCUGCCCUGCAAGCAGCAACAAGCGGGCACUGGGGCUGAGGGAAGGCCCUGGAGGGAGAGAUGCAGGCGGUGGGGCGCUUCUCAUCCCUGAGGAUGUGGCGUGGGGCCUGGGGCCCCGACCUUCGUAUUUGAGGCUGAGGCUGCUCCAUAUGGAGUGGAAAUGGAAAGCUGAAUGCAGGUUGGGUCUGAGCUGGUGUUUCACCACUACGAGAAAAGCAGCUUACUAGUCCCUACAGCUGAAUGUGGUUAGAGGAAUGAGCUGAAUAGGCAAGUUCCAUUUCCUGAAACACCAGUGCUUGGGGAAGCCGCGCAGAUUCCUGAGAAUGAAUAGGGAGCUGCGAUGGAGCCACACGUAAGUCUGCUUACCUCCGAGGGCUGCAUCUUUGAUUGUACCCCUGAUCUCAUUCACAAACUCGGUAUAAACUCUCAACCACCUGCUCAAAGCUAGCUAUUCACUGAAGAAGUAAUUUAUGUUCACUCAUCCAGUAAUUUGUACCUCUUUAUACUACUAUAUCGUUUUCCUCAGAAACAUGGUUCUAAUUCGGGUCAGUGUUGGAGACUAAAGACUUCUGGACAGGUUGGGGAGAGAGAGCUUGCCCUCGGGAAGGAAAUGUCACGUGUCUUACUAUGCCUGUGCUACGGGUCCUGCGAGGGGCCACAUCCAGUGCUCGGUGUCUUUAACUGCUCCUGUGAUUAUUCUUGUCAUCUGCCUUUGAAACAUCCUAGUUCUGAGUGAAGUGAAGAGAACACAGAGGUAAAAGAGAACUGUUCCUACCCUGAAGCUUGGAGCUCAUUGGAACCCCUAUUUUUGGAAAUGGGGUAGACUUUGGGGACAGCUUUGUCCUGGGCAUGGCUGUUUCUUCAAGGUUCUCUAAUCUCUUCAGAAUGUAUCUAAUCCUUAUUCUAACAGUUUUAAGUGCAAACUCCUGUGUCUGGUGGGCUCCACAAGCCAUCAUCCCCCUGCUGCAGCAGGAACUUGAGUCAGGUGUCAGGCCUCUUAGAAAUUAAUUUGCACUCAGCUCAUGACAUAGAUACAAAGAGAAUUCUGUUUUUGUCACCGGAAGCCAGCUUAAAAUUUCAGAGCAUCGCCUUUUUGAAAUCUUGGGUCUUGCAUCUCUCUGUGGAACCAAACAGCCUUUUGUGCCUCAUGGCCUCACAUCUAACUGGAGAGCUCUGAGCUCCUGCACUCAGCUCACCUGAGCCAACAGACUUGAGGUGGCCAAGCUUCCUGGCUCUUGAUCAGAUUCUUGUUCAUUCCCAGGACCCCGAGUCCCAGGUGGGGCUAUUCUCAGGCCUACGUGCAUCUGCCACCGUUAAGCUCACAUCACAGCUGACAAAUCAUCUCCUAUAUCUGGGCCAGAAGCUACAAGCACCACAAAAUAAUGUGUCCUGUCCUAAAAGCAUUCUUGAAUUUCAGGGCCCAAAAAAGAAUUUCCUGUGUGCUCCAAGAAUACUUUCCUAUGAAUGGGUUUUGUGCAUAUGAAGUGGAUCAGGAAUGUUGUUUUACUUUUACUGUGAAAAAAGCAAGCACCCUGCAAGGCUGAGUUCACAUAGAAUGCACAGUUUCUAGGAAGCAUGUGAUGGUAGGGAAAGUGCAUCUCUAGAGCACGAGGGUGUAAGAAGGCAUAGAAAUAGCUUGACUGUCAGCCAGUGCCAACUGCCCUCUGACCCUAAGGGAGGAAGGGAGAGCCUGGCUUCACUUCUGCUUGGGUAUAGUACCUCCAGAAGGGUGCUGUCUGGCAAGGGCAGACCCCUGGUAGGGCAGCUCUGGACUCAAGGGACAGGUCUGGUUGCACCCCUGGCAAAUAGAAGCUCUUAGCUCCGACACGCAUUUUCAGUGUCAGCCCCUGCACCUGGAAUGUGUGCACACAGAAAUGCCACAGUCCUGCGACUUGGGGUGGGGUGGGGCAGGGCACAGGUGGGGGAAGGUGGGAGGAAGGGAAGAGUAGCACUUCACUGCCCAUGAGACCCUUAAACUUUUGUAGAGAAGAGAGGGGCCAGAUAGAACCCACCUGUCCUGCAGCAUUCCUGAGCAAGGUGACUCUUAGAGCAGGGCAGUGCUCACCUGUUGGCCUCCUAGCAUCUGUGGGCUUUGUUAAACUCUUAAGCCAAAGUCUUAUUCCUCAUGUCUUUUUCCCUUUUCCCCAUGAGCCAGGCCACAGCUCUAGAGACAGACAGGGAAUCCGAAUAGUCACAUGGCAUCUCCGGUGUUCCCACCAUGGCCGGGCUCUGUGCAAGGUACUUGGCCUCGCAAAAUCCCUGUGAGGUGGGCAUGAGAGUGCCCAUUUCUCAGACUUGGGAAACUUCAGAGCAUGAUUGCCUUGGAGAGCCAGGAUUCAAACUCUUUUGCCUGGCUUCCUUGCCUCACCAUCCCUCCCUGCCUCACCAUCCCUGUACUUCAAAUGUCAAAGGGCAUGAGAGAGUGGGUUUUAAGUAUGUUAUUGUUUAAAAAAAGAACCAUAAUGUCAUUAAGCAAUAACUAAUGACGUGAAAUGCCAAAAAAAGUUAAAUCCCCUUUUGAAAAAGUUUUUUCAGGUUUAUAAUUACACCUGUUUCUUGUGGUCAUCAGGAAAAUGGCGGCUGGCUCACGCUUAGCAAGAAGCAUGUUGGUAGGCGGCUUUGGGUGCGGGAGUGAGGUGAUGACCUGGGGUUUUGACACACACAGCCAGACUUACACGUCCAUUUAAGGGCUGACUUGUCUUGUUCCCAUGGUAAGGCUGUGACAUGACUCCCACAUAUUGGAAGUAUGUUUUCGUGAAUAUUAUCAGAGUCAGGAACAUAUUCAGUUGAAUGUCUUAAAUGCUGACAAAUCUUCCUCCUUCCACAAAAGUUUAUUUUCAAAAGUAGCUAUGUCAUUUAGAGCCAAAAUUGCUGAGUGGAUAGUGUAAUCAAGUUGGCUGAUAGGAUUGGAGUCAAAAACUACGAUGUGAUUGUUAAGUUCUUGAAGAGAUAACUGUUAAAGUUGGCCCAAAAGGGAGGGCAGCAUCUCUUCAGUACAAGGCUGGAGGGCCACCCAAGAAAAUGCCUUUGAAGGAUGACAUUCUGAUGUGAAAGUUCCUGGGGCAGACACAGUAGGGUCUUGCACGUGGCUUUUUGGGGCCUCUGUUUAGCCACCUUCCCACUGGUGAAGUGCCCGGGUGCCCUGCAGUUCUGUGGGCCGCCCGGAGAAGCUAGAGCUGUAAAGUCCAGUUGCUCCUGGCUUAGUUUAGCCUAACACGCCCAAAACUUGGGUUUCACCCAUAGUUCUAAGAUACACUGAUUUGAAAACUAAAGCAAUUCUUUGGAGAUGGAGAAUUCAAUAUUUUGCAUUUUAUUUAAAACUACCCUUAAUAUCAGAGAUAUUUUUCUAUAUGAAAACUUGUGGGGAUUAGAAGGGACAUUUUAUUUCAUUCUGGGCUUCUUGUGUAUGUUUUUGAAAAAAGAUGUAUGGUUCUGUAGAGUCGGCUUUUGAGUAUAAUGUGUAUUCUUUUUUUCUUCUUCUUUUCUCCAAUACCCAGAGAAGGAAACUGGUUAAAAUACUAGGAACGUUAAAGUAUUAAAUGUCAGUUAAUUUGUUGUGCUAAAAUAUCUUUUUAGUAGUAUUACGGAGUAUCCUAUUUGGUGUAAACUGAGCACAGAAAAGUCUGUGAAGCCAAAGGUGACGGUUUAGGUCUGAAAAGAGAUCUUAGACUGAAUCUGUCCCUUUGGCAUUAGAUUCUGUUUUUGAAGAGGACACAUUAGCUUCUGGUUUUAUUUUAUUUUUUGGUGGGGGCGGGGGGGAAACAUCAAAUGCACUUCAGAUGCAGAAUUAUUGGGUAAGAAGGAUGGGACCACACAGGGAUGGAAUGGAACCAGUCUACCUGGGAAACUAACAUGCCUCCCUUAUCUUUCUGUAUUACCUUGGUCUGUUCCUUGAAAAAAAAAAAAAGAAGAGGAGUUCUUUCAACAUGGGUUGUUGUGAGUUUUCUUAAUGUUUGUGUUGCUGGAUUUACAGUUAAAUGAAGCAUGUAGCUGGAAUAUGAAUUUUUUGAGUUUCCACGUCCUAGAUUUCUCUUUGCAAACCUUUACACCUUAGCCCCUGAUUGAUUGUGUUAAAUCAAUUAUGAGAAUGUUAUUUAAAGUUGUAUUAUAAUUGCAACCUCCACUAAUUAUUCAGUACUGUAGCAGCAAAAUAUUAUUUGUAAGAAUAUGGUUAUUUUUAUACCCACUAUAAAUCUGGCGUUCUAGUCAGUAAAAUAAUGCAAUAAAAUAAGUGUCAUUUUCAUUGUGUGUUUUUCUCAUAAAAACCAGCAAACCAGGCAGUACAGCAACUUGUUUUUCAUGAGGGCAUCACGUAAACCAUGGCACUGUUUACAGUGAACCCUUAACGGUAAACUCACCUGGCAAUUGUAGGGACUUUCUGUAUCCUCAGUGCCCAACACAGUGAGGAGAUAUACUUUUGAUGAUGGAUGGAUGG